AGAUGCAAGGCAGCCUCUCGUUUCACAGUUCUCUCGGAGCACUUCCAAAAAUGGCAAUAUAAUUAUAAAAUCGUUCAAAAUCAAAACCCCAUCAAUUCUUGUUCCAGUUUAAAUCAUAAUUCUCAUGUUCUUAGUUCUUUUCACACAUGCCAAGUAGCAGCAUCCUUGUUCCGCUUUCUGGGAUUUCAUCAUCAUCUCAUGUUGCACUAAGCGGCCAGCUCGCACGUGUCACUGUGCUUUACUAAAGGUCGAGCAGAUUUUAGCUAUAUCAGAACACACAUAUACGAGUGUGUUUGAUUAUUAAGUUGGUGGAAAAUCUGGGAAUCGAUAUUGAUGCUUGCGGUGUCACCUUUGAGACGAACCCAAGAUGAAAUUCAAAGCCAAGAAGAGACGAGCGGCUUCUCAUCAAUCGUCGGUGGCGGCGACGACUUUGGAGAAUUUUCCGAUGGGAAUUUAUUGGAGAGCAUCAACUUCGACCAUCUCUUUGUCGGCAUCAACGUCGCCGGAGAUGAGUUGCCGGAUUUGGAGAUGGGCCCGGAGAUCCUCUCCGAGUUCUCCAUGGAGUCGUCGGAGAAUAUGAACUCCUCCUCGCUGUCCGUGGAAAAUAACGACAAUAAUAGAGCUGACGAUCGUCACCUGAUCAACAGUAUUACAGCUGGGAAGGAAGAAGACGACGAAGAUUGCAAUAACAAAGUUUGUUCAGCUUCGGCUUCAAAUUCCGGGACAAGUCCAGCGGAAGAAGAGACAGUGAUCAACAAAACAGAUGAAUCUCCGACGACGACGACGAAGUUGAAGCCAUCGCCGAAGGAAGGUGAGCAAAAGGGAAGAAAAUCAUCAGCCGAAUCCAAAAAUUCCCAAGGGAAGAGAAAAGUGAAGGUGGAUUGGACGCCAGAAUUACACAGAAGAUUCGUACAAGCAGUGGAGCAGCUCGGAGUGGACAAGGCAGUCCCUUCCAAAAUCUUAGAGAUUAUGGGAAUUGCAUGUCUAACUCGCCACAACAUCGCCAGCCACCUCCAAAAAUAUCGAUCGCAUAGGAAGCAUUUGCUAGCGCGUGAAGCAGAAGCGGCGAGGUGGAGUAAGAGGAAAGAGAUGUAUGGAGGAGGAGUAGGAGGGCGGAGAGAGGCAAGGUCAUGGGCGCCGUCGCCGCCGCCGACGUUGGGUUUUCCUCAAAUGGUUCCUCCAACGACGGCGUCGACGAUGAACCAUUUUAGACCAUUACAUGUAUGGGGCCAUCCCACCGUGGACCAGUACUUCACCUUCAUCCCUCGCUGGCCGAAACAGCAUCAUCUUCCACAUCCAAUGUCGACGCCGCCGCCCCCGGCCUGGCUAUACCCAGCCGCUUCGCCACCUCCAGACCCUUCAUUCUGGCACCCUCUCCAUCAGCAGGCUGAUCCGAAGGCAUUCGCCCCAGGAAUAGGAACAUAUUGUUUUCCAGCACCAACAAAUCUAUGUGUGACGGGAUGUGGAUAUCCACCUGUCCCUGGCAUCCCACCACAUGGCAUGUUCACGGCAGAUCCCGACCUCAGAUCUCCAACCGGGCAGACCGGCCCAUGGCCCGUCUUCGACUUCCACCCGUCGAAGGAAAGCAUAGAUGCAGCUCUUGGAGAUGUUUUAUCAAAACCAUGGCUGCCACUUCCUCUGGGCCUUAAGGCGCCGGCGCUUGAUAGUGUGUUGAGUGAAUUGCAGAGGCAAGGAAUUCCCAAUAUUCCUCCCUCUUGUGCUUGACCACCAAAACCCUAAUUCGACGACUUCUCAUUUCUUUACAUAUAGCUUUGCUUUUCAUCACUGAUUAUAUAUAUAUAUAUAUAUAUAUAAUUACGAACCAUGCACGACCGCUUCAUUUUUUGUCGAUGCCUUUUUUCCCCUUGAUAAGUGGGAAAAAAGUGUAUGUAUGUUUGUUUUGAAUAGUGCUUUUUUUUUUUACUAGCUAGCCACUUCAUGUAUGAGACUAUUAUAAGGUGAUCGACAAUAUAACUCGAGAAACAAAACUGUAGAAAAUAUUUUCCCUAA